CUCGAAAAUGGCUGAUCGUCAUCAUGAAGAUGUGCACCCCGAAGGGGACGAGGACGACGAUGACAUGCUCGACAUGGACGAGGCCGAUGAGGUUCUCGAACAAGGAGAUGACGCCGCCAUGGAUUCUGGAGACGAAGACGACGAGCAAAUGGACGAUGAGGAAAUCCAACUUCAGAAUGACAGCGCUGCCCAUUUCGACCACCACAAAUCGAGCAUCUUUUGCAUAGCACAGCAUCCUACACGACCCGAGAUCGUUGCUACCGGUGGCGGCGACGAUAUUGGUUACAUUUGGGAUUGUACGCCAUCCGAGGGACCUGUGCUGCCGGCGAGCUAUGAGAGCAAUCCACAGCCGCGUGAGCGGACAGGACUUGCUGUUUUGGCCAAAUUAGAGGGCCAGGACGAGAGUGUCAACAGCAUUUGCUUCACGUUUCCACAGGGUGAAUAUGUGGUGACCGCUACCCUUGCUGGUAAAUUGAACAUCUACACGACACCGACCGAUUCAGCGCCAUCACGACUUAUUAGCUCAGCAAAGGAGGUGGAGGAGAUCAAUUGGGUAGCACCGUGUCCAGGCGCAGCAAAUGCCAACACCAUUGCAUUCGGUGCCAGCGACGGCUCGGUCUGGGUGUACCGAAUUGAUGCUUCAGACUCAACGAGCCCCUUGACCAUCGUCCAGACAUUCUUCCUGCACCAAUCGCCUUGCACGGCUGGCGCCUGGACGCCAGACGGCAAGCUUCUUGCCACGGUCGACGAAGAGAGCAGCCUGUACGUCAUGGACGUUUUCGGCGAAGCAGCAGCUGCAGGCUUUGUGAACCCUACCGGUGGACAAGCCAUCAUCAGUCUCACAGCCGCAGACGAGCGCUUCAGAGUUGACGGCGGUCUCUACAGCGUCGCGAUUUCCCCGGGAGGAGGCAUCGUCGCGGUGGGCGGAGCAGAAGGAAACAUUCGUAUCGUCGGUCUCCCUAGACUAGCCGCUACAACAAGCAACACUGCUGCCGCUGGCAAGGGUGCGGCCGCACGCGGCAAAGCCAGCGCCGCCAAACCAGCCUCAGCGCAAGCGGCAUCGGCAGGCCAAGCAGGACAGAUCCUCGCCAGUCUCAAAGCGCAGACCGAUGGCGUGGAGACGCUGGAUUUCAGCCAACCGCCACUGACAUUACUCGCGGCGGGGAGUGUCGACGGGUCAAUAUCGUUAUUCGAUGCAGCACACAAUUUCGCCGUGCGAAGACAAAUUCCCGAUGCACACGAGGAGGAGGCGGUGAUCAAGGUGGAGUUUGUGAAGACGCCGCUGGGCACGGUGAAUGAGCGAGGACACAUCUUGACAUCUUGCGGGAACGAUGGCGUGGUACGGAGAUGGGACGUUAGAGGCGGUACUGCGGCGGUGAAUAAAGGCUUCGCGGGAGAGUGGAAGGGACAUCGGGGAGGUGGUGAUGGAGGUGGAGUCUUGGGAUUUGUGCAAGGAGGAGGCGGCAGUCGAGUCAUCACGGCUGGCGAUGAUUCGGUCGCUUUGGUGUUUGAGACGAAAUGAGCAUUGCCUAGGGGAAAGAAGAAUCUUAAGCCAUGUUACGAUUUCGGGCAGUGUCAACGGAAGAAAUAUGAAUGGCAUCAUUCGUGUCCCAUGAUUUCUUCGCAUUCAUCGUAAGUUUGUGUACAUUCUAGGAAAGCCACCGAAAUGGUCGAUCAACACGCAGGCUGGGGGCUGCGUCUGCUCAGCAACUGUUCUCUCGCGUCUCGGCUUUGUACGGU